ACUGAAAUUUAGGGGUUUGCUACAUCAUAGUUGCUGUGUAUUGUACUUAGAUCACGAGUCUGUCUCUUUGACCCAGACGUAUCGAAUUCUGUCCACGUACAUUUGGCGUUUUUGGAUAUGUGUGCAUGAGAAUCUAAACAUUGAUUACGUGAUGUUGUCUUUGAGCUACCUUCUUGUUACUAGGUCCUUGCUUAUAGUUGGGCAAGGGCAGCAAUACUCCUCUUGCUGAAAGAUUUAUUAGUAGCUUGGGAUUGGUAACUUUGAAGAUUUGAGGGUGCUUUACGAUUGCGAGAAUGUCCUCGUAACUAGCUCGAAGAUAUUCCUUGAAUCAGAUGGCUACGAAGAAAUCAACAUCAAGCCUAGUAACUGGUGACGAGAAUGGGUCCCCAAAGUGGGCGCAGAAGACAGUCACACUUCCUUCUAAAAAGCGUGGAUGCCAUCUUAUUACAUCCACGAUUUUGAAGGAGAUCGAGUCUGACUUGGCUCGUUUCAAAUGCGGCAUUGCUCAUCUCUUUUUGCAGCACACUAGUGCGUCGCUUACAAUCAAUGAGAAUUACGAUGGCGAUGUCCGCGAUGAUGUUGAAACUUGGCUGAAUUUGACGGUACCAGAGGGAAGAAAAGCUCCUUGGAAACACACGAUGGAAGGAGAUGAUGAUUUGCCAGCACAUAUCAAGUCAUCCACGUUUGGUUGCCAACUCUCAAUCCCGAUAACAGAUGGCCGACUUAAUCUAGGAACGUGGCAGGGGAUAUGGUUGUGUGAGCACCGCGACCACGGAGGUGCGCGGAAGGUGGUUAUCACCAUGACUGGAGUUUAGAGAUUUCCCCCAAAGUCCUUCUAGUCUGAUUUGUGUGCUUCGCUGUUCAAACCAGCUUCUUAAAUAUCUAAGAAAAAAUUCUCACAAAUAUGUACAAAAGGCGCUGUACUCAAAAGCAUGUUCUGAUACAUGCCUGAGGGAUUUCUUUCACUCUUGAUGCUGAUCUGGGUCAGAUCAGACGACUAGUGUAUCUACCAGCAGGACAUCAUGAAUCUUAGUUGAGACGCUUAAUAAUAUGGUUGGAGAUAAACUAAACAUGUCUCUCAUCUAUUGCAUUUUGUUGCUUCACGAAGAAGCAAACCAAUUGUUGUUGA